AUGGAGAUGUCACUGCAGCAGCGGUGGGCGCGCUUCGCUGAGGAGGAUCUGGGCACCUUCGUCACUUGCUCGGCGCUCUUCACUGCCUUCCAGACGGGCAAGGAGCUCCAUGCUAUCAAAGACAAACUACUGCCUACCGGCCAACGUGUGGCCCUCGCGAUGCGCCGCACAGGUCCUAAGGUGCCGCUGCUUGUGUGUUCUGCCGCCGUUGGCAUUGCCGGCAUGAAACUAUCGAUCGCUGCUGUGUCGCACUACCGCCAGGACUUCUCACGGGACAACGUGCUCAUGGCUUUGCCAGUCUGUGGAGCUCUACUCAACGUGCACCGCGGCUCCCGUGCCAUGGCCAAGGGUGCUCUUGGACUCGCUGCUCUCGGCUACGGAGCUGAUUACGUCUUCAGCAUCUAUCAUCGCUUGAAAUUCGAGGACGCAAUGCGCCAGCACGAAGAAGAGCAGGCGCUACUGAGCUACCAAGCAUCAACCCGCUUUGAGCAAUGA